AGUCAAUCCUCUUUGACUCCUCCCCUGUGAUUGUCACGGCGGAAGUGUGUUCCACGAAAUACAUAAAAAUCAUAACUGUAUGGCUAUUAAAUUUGAACACAAUAACAAAUAUUUCAUUAAAGUAUGAACACACCUCCAGAAUUGGCCACGGUCUAUCAAGCCGUCUAUUCGUUAUACAAUAAUCCGGACCCAACGGAGAAGGAAAAAGCGUCAUUGUGGCUAGGAGAAUUACAAAAAUCUGUUUAUGCAUGGAAAAUAUCAGAUGAAAUGCUGCAACAAAAACGAGAUUUGGAAUCCUGUUAUUUCGCAGCUCAAACCAUGCGUACGAAAAUUCAAUUAUCUUUUCACGAACUACCCACUGAAUCACACUCCUCCCUGCGUGAUUCGUUACUGGAUCACAUAUCGCAGAUUAACGAACAUACAAAUAGCAUUAUCGUGACACAAUUGUGUGUUGCACUGGCUGAUUUAGCAUUAAAAAUGCCUUCUUGGCAUAAGCCAAUAGUGGAUGUAAUGAAUAGAUUCGGUAGCAAUGCCAGUAGUCUCUGGCCAUUACUAGAAAUCAUGACUGUACUUCCAGAAGAAGCUAUCUCUAGAACUAACAGAUUGGGGGCUAAUCGAAGGCACAAUGUUUUUGUCGAUUUAUCAUCUUGUGCUGAUACAGUCACUGAAUUUUUGAAGGCGUGUCUCCAAAACGGCGGUGAUAAUAUACAAAUCCACAUAAGAAUACUAAGAUGUUUAACCAGUUGGGUGAAAGUCCACGCCAUAUCUCUAGAAACAAUACCAAACGGCGAAGUAACAACUUAUGCUUUCGAGGUACUGCGAAACCACAUAUCAAGUUCUCAGCUGCAUGAGGCAGCGACCGAUUGCGUCUGCGUGAUCCUCCAAAUUCUCGAAGAAGAUUACGAACGAACCAGUAGUGACCAUAACGAACAUCUGCAACAGCUUCAACUUGGACUCUUCACUAGUGUGAUGUCUCUGGAACAGCCGUAUCACCUGUCAGUGGCCCACGAAGAGAUGGAAAAGUCCUUAAAUUACUGUCGAAUUUUCACCGAAUUAGCGGAAACUUUCCUCGAUCGAAUGGUCCUAGGUAGUAUGGAUGGAACUCAGCAUUACGCUAUCAGAAUACUCAAUUUAGUUCUCAUGUGUGUUGGGCAUCAUGAUUACGAAGUGGCCCAGAUAACAUUCAACCUGUGGUACCGAUUAUCUGAGGUUUUAUAUCGAAAAAACAGUGAUCACCUGAACACAAUGUUCAGACCAUACAUAGAGAGGCUGAUAGGUGCCCUCUGUAAACACUGUCAGAUGGAGCCAGAUCAUCUGGGCCUAGUUGAAGAAGGCAGCGGAGGCGAGGACUUUGCUGAUUUUCGCUCACGUGUCUCUGAGCUCAUAAAAGACGUUGUAUUCCUAGUUGGGAGCAGCCACUGUUUUCGCCAAAUGUUCUCCACCCUAACCAGUAACAAUGGCCAGGAGCAAUCGAGGCCCCCCACCUGGGACUCUACAGAGGCAGCAUUAUACAUAAUGCAAGCUGUCGCCAAGAAUAUUCUCCCUGAGGAGAACGAUGUAGUUCCAAAAGUGGUAGAAGCCAUCCUCAAUGUUCCAGAGAACACUCAUAUUGCAGUCAAACACACUAGCAUUCUCCUUCUUGGUGAGCUCUGCGAAUGGAUCAACAGUCAUCCUCAGUCCUUAGAACCAGUGCUUAACUUUCUUCUCACGUGUUUGAAUCAGAGGGGACUGGCCAGUGCGGCAUCCAGCGCACUCCACAGCAUUUGCACAGCCUGUCCCCUGAAUAUGGCAUCACACUUCCCAGGAUUACUUCAAAUAGCAAGAUCGAUCGAUAGCUUUCCGAUCAGCAAUGAAGCAGCGAUAGGACUGUUAAAAGGAGUGUCAGUAAUUUCAGCUAGAUUACCUAGAGAUGAAAUAGGUCCUGCUAUGAAGGAACUCUGUUGGAUUCAAGUUCGACCACUUUGUGAAUUAAUGGAGACUGAGGGGAUUCCAUUGGACCGAGGCACUAAAACCGAUCCUGUCUACUGGCUAGAUAGACUAGCUGCCAUUUUCAGGAAUACUAAUCCACAGGUUGAUAAUUCCCACGAGGCACAUCCUUGCCAGAAUGUUGUCACUGAAAUGUGGCCUAUUCUCUCGAACGUAUGUAAUAGAUAUAAAGAGGACUUGAGAAUAAUGGAGAGGUGCUGCAGAUGCCUGAGGUACGCUGUAAGAUGCAUUGGGCAGCAUGCGGUUCAUCUACUGGAGCCUAUUGUGGAGCAGAUUGUGCAGUUAUACGCGGUGCAUCAGCACAGUUGCUUUUUGUAUCUUAGUUCUAUUCUUGUUGAUGAAUACGCCGGAGAUCAUGACUGUGCUGCUGGGCUUGUAAGAAUGCUGGAAGCCUUUAUUGGACCCACCUUCACCGUUUUGCAGCAGAAUGAUGGACUUAAGAACCAUCCUGACACUGUUGACGAUCUUUUCAGAUUGUGUGCCAGGUUUCUCCAGAGGGCACCCAUCGCAUUCCUCCAUUCAGCUGCAUUGAGCAGUAUUAUGGAUUGUGCUAUUAUGGCAUGCAGUUUAGAUCAUAGAGACGCCAAUGCCUCUGUCAUGAAGUUCUUCUAUGAUUUUCUGCACAGUGGAAGGAAUCACGAUGAGAGAUCAGAUUUUACCAUCAGGAGACAAAUGGUACAAGAGGUUUUGAGGGAGAAGGGACAGCGGCUGGUGACUAGUCUUCUUCAUGCAGCUGUUUUUCAAUUGUCAACAUAUAUGCUUCAGGAUGUAGCGGAUGUUCUUGCUGAAUUUACUUUGACCGAUUCGACAUCAAUGGCUACUUGGCUCUUUGAAGCAAUUUCAGCAAUGCCUGUGCAAAAUGUUGGAGGUUCGCCCACAGCCACUCCAGAACAGGUGGCCGAAUUCCAUAAUGCAGUUUUAACACCGAAAGUAUCCCCCAAAGUUGUAAUGCAUGCACUACGAACUUUCGCACGAUUAUUUCGCUGAUGUGACAUGUAAAGAUGAAAACGUGUGUGAUUGUGAGGAACAGUUAAUGUGAAGAAGGUCCAUUAAUGUUAUCGAAGAAAUUAAUUAAUCCUUCCUACCAUCCUUCUCGCAAGUGCAAUUUUCCUGAUUCAAGUAGAUUCAAGUUUGAUCGACUAGAUCUGCUUUUCCAAUUUUUUUAAUCACCGACAGAAUUCUUACCUAUUCAUUAGGUAUAAUUUAUCGAGUUAUUUCCAAUCCCCUUUCAUUUCCCUCUUUUUUUUAUACAACUUUGCCUUUUUAUGGCAGAAUGAAUGGAAUCUUCAUUUGGUGGCAUUGAUGGACAUUAUAUGAAUCGAUGACUAUGAGACGAAAUAUUUUAUGAGAAUCGAGAUCAAAGUGAGACUGUCGUUGUAUUAUAAUGAAUAUAGAAAGCACAUAAUGAGUUUUUCUUUCUGUAAAUUAAUCAUGAAAAUCUGAUGAAGUUUGAGGGAUGUCUGUGGUAAAUAUUAUUACAGAUACUUUCUUGACAGUACAUUUGAUCACUUGUGCUUUUCACGAUAACUUAUGUUGUAACUAUACAUCCCGAAUUCGUAAUACAUGCAAUUCAUCUAAUAAAUUUGUUACAUUAUUA